AUGGCUAGCAAACGAUUGUCGAGAGUUCUCAACUGGAUGAAUCCCUCCCCGAAAAACCACGGCAACAUUAACUCCAAUGACAAGUCUUCCCGUUCAAACAACUGGACCAAUCUCCCUACUUUUGAUGAACUACCUAAAUACAAAGACUUUGAUGGCUGUGCUUGGGAAGUAUGGGGAAAGAACGAUCAGCUUGGAACAGUCAACUUGUUGACAGAAGAGGUAGUGAAGAGGGCCGCGAUCGAGGAGAUUGCGUACGUAACUUGA